CAAGUCUCGAGCUGUUAGUGGGGAGUGUACUACCGCAGGGUAAACUGUUGUCUGACCAGCUUUAGUUUCGCAAACACAAAGUUCUCCCUCUACCACCACCAUGCCACAGAAUGAGCACAUUGAGCUGUUCCAAAAGCGGUAUGGCUUCCGUAUGGAUUAUCAAGAGCGACAGCGAAAGAAGAAGGCCAGGGAACAUAAAUUACAAUCAAAGAUGGCCCAGAAGCUGAUUGGUAUCAAAGGCAAAAUCUUUGCGAAGAAACGUUACUCUGAAAAAGUACAGCUCAAGAGGACUAUCAAGGCACAUGAAGAAAAGAAGACUCGUAAGAAGGAUGAAGGGAAAGUUCCUGAAGGAGCCAUGCCUGCAUACUUGCUGGAUCGUGAGAAUACCUCUCAAGCAAAAUUACUGUCUUCCAUGGUGAAGCAGAAGCGAAAGGAGAAGGCAGGCAAAUGGGAUGUCCCUCUACCUAAAGUUCGUGCCCAAUCGGAAGCUGAAGUAUUUCGAGUUUUGAAGACCGGCAAAAGCAGGAGAAAGGGCUGGAAGAGGCUGGUCACAAAAGUUUGCUUUGUUGGUGAAGGGUUCACUCGUAAGCCUCCGAAGUACGAACGUUUUGUCCGACCAAUGGCACUUCGAUUCAAAAAGGCUCAUGUCACUCAUCCUGAGUUAAAAGCAACUUUUUGUCUCCCAAUUGUUGGUGUGAAAAAGAAUCCCUCUUCACCUAUGUACACAUCUCUAGGUGUCAUAACAAAGGGAACAAUAAUUGAGGUCAAUGUUUCUGAACUUGGGCUUGUCACCCAAGGUGGUAAAGUUGUGUGGGGCAAAUAUGCUCAAGUGACAAAUAACCCCGAAAACGACGGAUGUAUCAACGCUAUCUUAUUGCGUUCUAGCUUAAAAUUUAGAUAAUCUAGGUAUUUAAUAUUGUUUAAUAUUUUCAGGAUGCAGAUCUUCGUUAAAACCCUAACGGGUAAAACCAUUACCCUUGAAGUUGAGCCUUCUGACACCAUCGAAAAUGUCAAAGCAAAGAUUCAGGAUAAGGAAGGUAUCCCACCUGAUCAGCAGAGAUUGAUCUUUGCCGGCAAACAGUUGGAGGAUGGUCGUACUUUGUCCGAUUACAAUAUCCAAAAGGAAUCCACCUUACAUUUGGUGCUCCGCCUUCGUGGUGGUGCCAAGAAGCGCAAGAAGAAGAAUUACACCACUCCUAAGAAGAACAAGCAUAAGCACAAGAAAGUCAAGUUAGCUGUUCUUAAAUACUACAAGGUCGAUGAAAAUGGAAAAAUCAACCGACUUCGCCGAGAAUGCCCCGGCGAGAAAUGUGGCGCUGGUGUUUUCAUGGCCGCCCACAAGGAUCGCCAAUAUUGCGGCAAAUGCGCCAAAACCUUUGUUUUCAAUGCGCCCGAGUCCGAUGAAUGAGCGAUAGAUAGUGUUUGUACGCCGUUGUGAAGUUGAAAAUACACUAUGGCUGUGCAAAAAUGA